GCCUGCCGGGCAGGCGCACGGCGCACACCUGCGAGUCUGGAAGUGGCGGUGGCUGCGAACCCGGCGGCGCGGCCAAACCUGCGCUGGCUGCCUGGGCCUCCUGGGCCAGAAGCUGGCGCCGGGGGCGGCGGCGGGGUGGGAAAGCGGCGCCGCGGUAAGGCCUCCUGGACGCGUCGGCGGAGGUGGCUUCGUUCCGCGGAGCCCAGGCUUCAGCUCCUGGUUUCUCCUCUUUCCUCCUAGAGAUCAGAUGUCGGAACUCCAGCUGAGGGCAUGUCUUACUGGGCACACAGGUGUCCUCUCUUGAGAAGAACUGUCCAUACCAUGGUGGUGGUAAGGAUAGCUGGUUCUUAUGGCAGGACCAUGGGACACUGGUCAAAAAUGGUCAUAUCAGCACUUUAGUGUGGUUCAGCACAGUAGUUCUUAGCUGGUGGGGUUGUAUGGAGAAUGUCCAGUUGGGGGCAUGCCUAUUUGAAAGAGCAUGUGCAGUGAUAUAAUUUUACAUUGAAAAGUAAAAUAUAUAGAUAGAUGUUGAUAUAAAAUACCGACUUCAGAUAGUAAAGGCUGAUGGAAUCCACUGGUCUUGAGGAGCAGACUUUGCAGAAGAGAGUCUUAGGAAUGAGGGAGAAGGGGAUACUGAACUUUACACGUCAGUUUGGGGCAUGAGAGAGUUUCUCUUUAUUAUCAUGAGUGUAUGGGUUGGAAAAGACUGAGGAAACACUGAGUUUAAUUAGAUUUCUCAGCUGCAGGGUUUCUAUGCUGACAGAGACACUCCCCUAGAGAUGAACAAGGCUGACUGGAGGUGCUGUUAAAACCCAGCUAAGAAGGCAGCCACAGAGCUCUGGCCUCUCACCUGUGGCUGGCCCAGAAGUUCUCAGCCUGUGUUCCACAAAAGCCUUGAAGACCUGAAUGAAGGACAUGAAGUCAGGGCCCCACUAUAUUCUCCUUUCUGCAGGGCCCUCAAGAUAGCUGUGACUUUAUCCUCUUCUCUCACCACCAAGAAGGCCCAUUAAGAUGUGAAUGAGUGGAAGUUUUAUUAAAGGAUGAGCUUUGAGUUCGUCAGAAUUUAUUUAAAUUUAAAUCUUCUGCAGACUUUGGGACUUGAAUUGCCAUCAGGAACAUGCUCCUGUGCCCACUUCAUGCAGAGUGUGACCCACCAGCUUCCUCUGUGCACUACCUUCUAGGCCCCCCAUUCUAACACUCAGGCUCUCCUCUCUUGUGUUAAAUGGGGAGACUGACCUUGGGAGCUCCUAACUGGUUUUUCUACCUCUGUUCUCCCAGAGAACCUCCAGCCUGCUCUGCUCCAAAACCUAUAAUAGCUCCCUAUUGCCUAUAGGAUACAGUUCAAACUCCUUGAUCUGGCUUCACACCCUCAGCUGAUUUUUCUAAGUUUCUCUCUACUUCUCCUUGUGAACCAUCCAUUCCAACCAGACUGGGCUGUGUGAUGUUCUUGGAUCACAUUCCCUGGACUGCCUCCUAGCCCCUGCCUUUAUACUGUUCAGAUAUCACAUCUCGGUCCCUCUGAAAGCUCCAGGAAACAGCCACACCAGAGGACUUGUUUGCUCCUCAGGAGGGGUCUGGCACUUCCUGACUGCAGGGCUCACUGAGGCCCACCUUCUGCCCAUUUUGUGACACUUUGGUGGCCUUAGUUCUCAUUCCCUACUGGCAGGUGGCACCUGUAUAGAAAAUUGUCGCAGAUCCUCUAUUUGAUUGUUUUCAUGUCUCAUGAAAAGGUUUCUUAGGGAGGGGGCUUCAUUUGCCCAAGUUAUAGAAGAGUCCAGGGGAAACUGAUGCCAAAUAAUCCCCCUGGGCUAGAGCACAGAGCUCAGGAACAGGAGACGCAGCCAGACCCUGCAUGUUUGCCUCGCGCAUGACACUUUGCAAACAAGUUCUCCCUCCAUACCAGUUGGAAUGUUCUGGCUGUGGGAAGCCAAAAUCCCAACCCAACCUGGCUUUAGCAAUGAGGAGUUACCAUUUCUCACAGCAGGAUGUCCAGAGAUGGGGCUCGGAGAUGUCACCAGGGUCCUCUGUAUCUCUUUGGCCAUGCCGUCCUAGGCACUGUCUUUGCCUCAAGCUGGUUUCCGCAUGGUCAGCAGAUGGCAGCCAGCAGCCUUGGGACAACACCCUCUUUUUCUGUCCAGUGGGUAGGAACAUGACAUGUGACACCUCAUUCCUCAGCUGAAUUGGUCCCAUUCAGGUAACUUGCCACGGCUGGGCCAGUAACUGGCCGAAGAAGUAGGCUUUGCUGACAGUCCACCUGAGGUGCAAGGUCUGAGCUUCUCUGAGCCUCGUGGGUGUCAGCAGGAGGGUGGCUGUCUGGACACACUAGGGAUGUUGUUAGGAAAAGGAAGAGGGCAGAGGGCCGUGGCUGCUGGGGGAAGCAAUAGUUUCCAUUGUGUUGUCUUGUCAGUACACUCGACCUGGACGCCCAAGAAGCAGAGGGUUGGCGACUGACCAGGCCCAAGGUGCCAAUGACAUAGUGACAGCGUUCACUGUCUGGUCUGUCUCCAUCUUCUUUGGAAGGAAUCUUCUCCUGCUUAGCUAUAAAAUCCUUUGUUUCAAAUGACUGUGAUGAAAAGUGACAGUGCCUGCCUCACCACUGAUCAGUUUUUGCCUUGAGUCAGAUGAAGGCAGCCACGUAUGUCCAAAAUGUUUUAAAAUGCCAAUGUUUUGUCUAUAUCCCAGUGGCCCUUUAUUAGCUAUCUGGUGCCUUAAAACCUUUUUAUUUUCCUCUCCACUAUAUACUGCAUCUGUUAGGUUGAACCUGAUGGAAUGAAAUUGUGGUUUUUGUAAGUGAAAAGUGGUUAUCACCAUUCACAAAAUUCAACUAUACAUCAUUUCUGACCUCCACAUUCCUGUGAGGUGGGUACUGUACCCCCAUUUUCAUUGAUGAGGAGCCUGAGUUUAGAAAGGACAUGCAGUAGGUCAAGGAGCUGGGGUUUGAACCUGAGUCUUUCUGUCUUUUUAUCCUCAAACUUAUCCAGACAGUGCAUAUCCUCUUCUGGGAGCUACCUGCAACCAGUAGUGCAUUGGAAGCUGAGAGCCAGGCUGGUUUGGGAGAUGAUGUGAUAGCUACUGAUUGAUCAGUGAUACCUUUAAAGAUGUCUCCAGAAGAGCAAAUCCACAAGUCAAACUAAUGUAUGGAGUUGGCUUCCUGAGACUGAGGUGUUCUGACCGUCCUAGGUACAAGUUCCCCAUCCCUCAAGAGAGUUCGAGCAGCUCAUCCGUAUCAGACUGGCCCAGGCCCUGGAGCUAGGCAGGUGGAUGGCGAAGCGGAGACCUAACUUCAUGAGAACCUGAAACAGAAGCUGCACAGCUGGGCCUGCUGGUGACCUGCUGGUCUCCCCAGUCAUCCCCACUGGGAGGCAGCGCUGCAGCAGGCUUUCACCAGUUCUCAGGAUGCCCAUAGGGAUGGGUGAAGCCCGCCUGGCCUGUGGUGCUUCCCAGUGGCCGUCAUCUCAUUAGGGCCCCACAGUGGCAUUAGGAUGCACCUCUCGGCGGUGUUCAACGCCCUCCUGGUGUCGGUGCUGGCAGCGGUCCUGUGGAAGCAUGUGCGGCUGCGUGAGCAUGCAGCCACACUGGAGGAGGAGCUGGCCCUCGGCCGACAGGCCACAGAGCCAGCCCCAGCACUGAGGAUCGACUACCCGAAGGCACUGCAGAUCCUGAUGGAGGGCGGCACACACAUGGUGUGCACGGGCCGCACGCACACAGACCGCAUCUGCCGCUUCAAGUGGCUCUGCUACUCCAACGAGGCUGAGGAAUUCAUCUUUUUCCAUGGCAACACCUCUGUCAUGCUGCCCAACCUGGGCUCCCGGCGCUUCCAGCCAGCCCUGCUUGACCUAUCCACCGUGGAGGACCACAACACUCAGUACUUCAACUUCGUGGAGCUGCCUGCUGCUGCCCUGCGCUUCAUGCCCAAGCCGGUGUUCGUGCCAGACGUGGCCCUGAUCGCCAACCGCUUCAACCCCGACAACCUCAUGCACGUCUUUCACGACGACCUGCUGCCACUCUUCUACACCCUGCGGCAGUUUCCCGGCCUGGCCCACGAGGCACGGCUCUUCUUCAUGGAGGGCUGGGGCGAGGGUGCACACUUCGACCUCUACAAGCUGCUUAGCCCCAAGCAGCCUCUCCUGCGGGCACAGCUGAAGACCCUGGGCCGGCUGCUGUGCUUCUCCCAUGCUUUUGUGGGCCUCUCCAAGAUCACUACCUGGUACCAAUAUGGCUUUGUGCAGCCCCAGGGCCCAAAGGCCAACAUCCUCGUCUCAGGCAAUGAGAUCCGGCAGUUUGCACGGUUCAUGACAGAAAAGCUGAACGUGAGCCACACAGGAGUGCCCCUAGGCGAGGAGUACAUUCUGGUCUUUAGCCGAACCCAGAACAGACUCAUUCUGAAUGAGGCAGAGCUGCUGCUGGCACUGGCCCAGGAGUUCCAGAUGAAGACAGUGACAGUGUCCCUGGAGGACCACACCUUUGCUGAUGUUGUGCGGCUGGUCAGCAAUGCCUCCAUGCUGGUCAGCAUGCAUGGGGCCCAGCUGGUCACCACCCUCUUCCUGCCCCGUGGGGCAACUGUGGUAGAGCUCUUCCCAUAUGCUGUCAAUCCCGACCACUACACUCCCUAUAAGACGCUGGCCAUGCUGCCUGGCAUGGACCUCCAGUAUGUAGCCUGGCGGAACAUGAUGCCAGAGAACACAGUCACACACCCUGAGCGGCCCUGGGAUCAGGGGGGCAUCACCCACCUGGACCGGGCUGAGCAAGCCCGUAUCCUGCAAAGCCGUGAGGUCCCACGGCAUCUCUGUUGCCGGAACCCCGAGUGGCUCUUCCGAAUCUACCAGGACACCAAGGUGGACAUCCCAUCCCUCAUUCAAACCAUACGGCGCGUGGUGAAGGGCCGGCCAGGACCAUGGAAGCAGAAGUGGACAGUCGGCCUAUAUCCAGGCAAGGUGCGGGAGGCACGGUGCCAGGCGUCAGUGCAUGGCGCCUCCGAGGCCCGCCUCACUGUCUCCUGGCAGAUCCCAUGGAACCUUAAAUACCUGAAGGUGAGGGAGGUGAAGUACGAGGUGUGGCUGCAGGAGCAGGGGGAGAACACUUACGUGCCUUACAUCCUGGCUCUGCAGAACCACACCUUCACUGAGAACAUCAAGCCCUUCACCACCUACCUGGUGUGGGUCCGCUGCAUCUUCAACAAGAUCCUCCUGGGACCCUUUGCAGAUGUGCUGGUGUGCAGCACGUAGCGAGCGGGCCACAGCCUGGCCUCGGGAGGGUGGCUUCUGCAGUUCAGCGUCCCUGGGCCCAUUAAUCCCAUUGUGGAGACUUCUGGGAACUAUUUAUUGAGCAGGCCUGUGCCUCCACGUCAUCUUGUUGCCUCUGGGGUGUGGUGUCACAGCACUCCUCUUUGCCGUAGAGAUAAGGGACCUGACUUCCCCUUCUCCCAUCCUGAACAUUUGUACCCCUGGAGAAGUUCCUUAGCAGGGAGGAGGAAGAGGAGAGGAGGAAGGAAAGAAAGAAUCACAGGGAACCUCUGGCUAGGUGAUCCUGAUGUUUCCUACUGAGUUUUUCUGGUAUCCAGAUUUCUGGAAACCGAGUAAUCAUGUACUGUUUGAUUGGGUGGUUCAUCUGUUUCCAUCCCAGUGAAAUUUACCUGUAGCCCAGUGAAGGGUGUGUUUGAAACAUUGAUUAAAUGAUUCUAAGCAUCUUG